AUGACGUCCCUCGAAUACCAGCCUGGCCCUGCGGCGGAACCGGAUGACCAUUGGGGGACCGUGUUCCUGUCCAUGCGAGAUGCUUCCGGACAGGUUCCUAUCAACUACAUAACCAGUCCCGGGAUCUACGUCACAAAGGCCUGCUUUUCUGAUGGCGUCUACGAUGACCUCCCGGCUCAAACAUGCAUAUCAGAUCUAUUUGCAAGCCAAUACCGCCGGCUGAUCAUCGAUCUCUACUGGGAUAACAUCAACCGUCAAUUCAGUCUGUGCCCAGUUGAGCUUCCUCCUUUGGUGGGCAAUGCGACGGCUGGUUACAGUGUGGAUUCGUCGGCACUGUAUUCAAUCACGGCAUCCACUUCUUUUGAAACUCCCGUCUCGUCCACCACGGUAGUGUCAAAUGCAUCGGUGUCCCUUGUUCCUAGCCUCGAAAUUCGACAGGCCUCGUCGUCUUUGCUGGACAACUCCACCUCACCGCUCACCACUACCUCUCCCUCGAUAACUAGGAGUAUUACUACCACGGCGACGAGCGAUGUGGCCAUCCCAACGGCGACUGGUGUCACAGGUGGAACUUUACUCAAACUGGGACCUUACAUGUGUAGUCUGGACUUGAACAUCGGUUCCGUCAUUUCUUUGUACAAUGAUUACUUUGACCACACCUCAGACACUAUCUCUGCACGACUACAUUUUCUCGAUAUCAAUCUACACGCCGCAGCGCCGUUCACCGACCCUUCCUCGCCCGCGCACACCCCGAUGCCGGGUCGACUACCUCAUUCCGACGAGCUGAUAGGCGCUCAAUUUCAGGCCGCACUCGGUAGGGAUAUAUACAAACCGCAAGACUUGCAAGAAGAUCGAAGGAAUCUGAACAAGUCGUGGUUCCGGGAUGAUUACCGAGUAACGACAGACGCAAAUUACUUUCGUACAGAGCCAACAGGACAGGAUGACGUCCUUUCCACACCAGAUGGCUGGCCUGGACAAGAUUGGAUUCUCCUUACCGACAGCCGGAGGCUUCUGCUGAGUUGGGACCAGAUCGAUUCGCAGAUGGCAGCGUACGACUUUCUGACCGAGUCGAGCAGCAUCUUCAACGCGACUGAGCUUUUUUCAACUCCGUCUGUCGAAUGGAGUGACACGGGCGUGGUGACUUCAGGCUGCUAUUAUCGUCCGGGCGAUACGACAAAUGCCUCCUGGGCGAUUGCGACCAUCCAGGACACCAGUCCCAAUGCGCUCUCUCUCCUUGCCGGAAACUUGUCCGCAUGUGGCUACUCACCGAUAAUAAACAUGACUUUGGACGGCUUGUCUGUACAGAAUAAUUUGGCCUCGUACCGGGAUUUUGCCCAAUCGACAGUCUUUGGUUGGGCUCCGGGUCAGCCACUUAACACGUCCUCGGUCAAGAACAAUGGAAAGAGUGACGACCAGCUUCGGUGUGCAGUUAUUGAUUCAACGAGCCAAUUCCAAGGACGUUGGCGGCUAGAGUCAUGCCAAAAGUCACGGCGAGCUGCAUGUCGCAUUGCAGGCGUGCCAUAUGCAUGGCGCCUUUCUACCUUCGAUGUCCCUUAUAGUGCGGCGCCAGAUGCAUGUCCGGAGCAUACCUCAUUCGACCUCCCUAGAACGGGGCUGGAAAACACGUACUUGUAUCGGCAGAUAUUGAAUGAUACGAAUCCCCCAGAUGACGAUUCGGACAAGAUCUUGUCGGGUGUCUGGAUUGAUUUUAACUCGCUGGACGAGGAAGACUGCUGGGUGUUGGGCGGUCCCAAUGCGACAUGUCCUUACUUGGACUUUCAGCAAGAAGAUCAACAAAGACAGAUUCUCAUUCCGACAAUAGCAGCAUUGAUCAUCCUGAUACUGACUGUUUUGACAAUUCUGGUCAAAUGUAACCAGAACCGAAGGAAUAGCAGGACACGAAGACGAGGCGAUAAUGGAUGGGAGUAUGAGGGUAUUCCGUCUUGA